AUGCUUGGUCGUAAACGAAUUAUCAACAUGCGAGCUCGCAUACAGGCGAAUCAGAGCUGCUUCGAGAGGAAAACAUUCACAUCCCUUCCUCCUGAAGAUCAUGCAGUGGAGUUGAUAAGACCAGUCAUUGAGGAAGUCCAGCUUCACGGGGUCUUCCUUACGACGGAAGAUGUCCUGAAACAACUUGUCGAACAGUACCGUGCCGGCGUGGACGAGUGUUCCAGUAAUCCAAGUCGAUGGGCUACUCUUUGUUCGUUCCUGGCUAUGUCUGCACAUCACAGGACAGUCAGUGCGUCCGUCGUUGGAAUGUCCUCAAUAGCAUGGGCAUUCUUCAAGAACGCGUUUGCGAUGUACGUCGAGCUCGCCAUUGUUCAAAGGCCUCAGAUCUCCACCUGCGAGGCGUUGCUCGCAAUGACUUUGUUCAUGCUGCGCACCGCUGAUGCCUGCGUCACUGCACGACUGACAGCUACUGUCGCCCAGUCGGUAUACAUGCUUGGUCUGCACAAGUUUGAGCACUAUAUCGAUCUGGAGGCCAAUGUAGCAGAAAGACAGAGAAUGAUCUUCUGGGUAACAUAUGUUGUCAAUGCUGAUCUAGCACACAGGUAUGGUACACCCUCAUCACUAGACGUAGAUAAUUUCGACAUUGCAUUUCCCGGACACGUAUAUCAUCAUGUCUCAGACCAUGUGGAUCCCAUAGAAGAUCUCAUACAGACUGAGCAGACCGUUUAUCUCCGACGACGAGCUGUCCUUGCUGUAACGCAAUUACGGAUUCACAAAGUACUUCAACAAGCGCUCUCCGGGAAUGCCAAGCGGAUGCUUUCUCAUAUUGAAGAUGCCAUCACAGCAAUCGACAAAGAACUUCAACUCCGCUUGCAAUGGCAGCCAUUGACACAUCUCUGGCAAACACUAUGCUUCCCACUCUCCGCAGUUCUGAUCUUAUUAUCAGAAGUACUUGCACAUACAGCGUCGGUUCAAGCGCGCACUGAUGCUCAGCUCAUUCACGACUUCGUCCAAUAUCUUGAGCGGCUCCAAAAAGAAGGAGGCGAUGUUUGUGAUCUUCUGGAUGGCUGUAAGAAAUUCUACCGUAUUGCAAUGAGAGCCGGCGAGCAAACAAAUACCUUCGAACAAACAGCAGAAAUUCAAUUAUUGCGAUCGAGAUUUUCGCAAGUCGCAGACUGGUUACAGCUCGCGCAGGGACUGUUAAGCAACAUGCCCGCACCCCACGACCAGGCACGCGAGAUCUUUUCCGGAGCGAUCGUGGCCAUGUCAGCUGCUGAUGACUUCAAUCAAACUGAGGCGACUUACGAUAUGCAGAACGGUGUGGAGAAUGCCAAGCUAUCGGACGAAGCACAAGUGAUCGAAGAGAUUGUUUUUAGAACUCCGGACGGCCCCCUAUCAGAUCAUAUCUACAUCGAUGAGCCCUACCAGGACUUCUCCAGUAAGAAUCUGGAUGCCUGGAAAUUGAAGGCAUACAACAAACCGGUCGAUCAGAACAAUAACUUGCUUCCAAAUGGCUUGUGUCAGAGGUGCCAUGAGAUAGGCAGCAACGAUCUCGAACAAAUCAGGGCUUUGAGACUAGACAAUUCGCAAACUGCAAUUAUCAAACUUGGAAAGGUUGAUAACCGAUGCAAAAGCUGCAAGUUAUUUGCGCGUUGGAGACUCGAUGAUUCCAUCAUGGACCAGACGAGAGAUUACUUUCUUGUAAGCCUGGGAUCGGUCAAUCUUGAUCUACGUCCAGUACAGGGCCGGCUCUGUAUCGUCACCGACGAUCCGAAAUCGUAUACCUCUAGCUACCAGCGUCAACAUCGGUGUCCCGUUCAACUUCUCAUGCUGCCAAUGGAUACUGUCUCAUUGUGUUCCCAGGAUGGAAUUUCACACCCAGCCUUCGGACAAGAUGAAUAUGACAACAUCUCACAGUGGCUGAAAACAUGCAUGGCCGACCACUCGGAAGAAUGUCCCGAGACUAAGAAACGGACUGAAUUCACAGUGUAUUGUAUUGAUUGCGAGGAUGAAAAGGUUGUUCCGAUGCCCCAUAACGCCAAGUACCUCGCUCUUAGCUACGUUUGGGGUGACACAAAGGCACCAGAUAAUGAUGAUUCUUUGUCCGAUGCCCCUCCCAUUAUCAGGGACGCAAUGAUAGCUACACUACAAUUGUGUUUCCGCUACCUGUGGGUCGAUCGGUAUUGUAUCGAUCAACACAGCACAACACAGAAGCACCAGCAGAUUGUCAAUAUGGGCAAAAUUUACGCUGGCGCCACGUUGACAUUCAUCGCUGCAGGAGACACAGACCACACACUCGGAAUACCCGGAGUCUCUUCUUGUCAGUGCAAUUCAGGCGAAGGAUUUCAGUUGGGGCCAUACUCCUUUGUGCGCUUCUUCAGCAAUCCGGUCGAUGAAAUCCAGGGCUCCAAAUGGGCUACCAGAGGAUGGACGUAUCAAGAGGCUGUCAUGUCUGUCCGGAAACUGGUUUUCACGCCGAAUGGUUUCUACAUCCAGUGCAACAUGCAACAUUCGUUCGGGAGCACUCAUCCUAUCAAUGGGCAGACAAUCAUUUCGAGUAGAAGAAACACUGAUCAAUUUUUCCAGCACAGAAGAUGCCCGCCAAAGAUUGCAACGACAGUGGCUUUUCCAGGUACCUCCAUCAAUGAGACAGUCAUCCGUUCGAGAAGUAUUCUCGACGCUUUCUUCGAUCAUAUCUCCGUGUAUAUGCGCAGACAGCUUUCCUACGAGUCAGAUCGUCUAAACGCCAUUCAAGGCGUGUUGAAUGAGUUCAGAUCGCACGAAACACCGUUAUUCCACAUAUUUGGUGUCCCAUUUAAUCCAGCUUCUGAAUGGACGAUAAAUGCAACACUGUUUUGGCGUAUGCAGAACCACAGUGUGCAGCGACGGGCCAACUUCCCUUCAUGGUCAUGGCUCGGAUGGAAUUAUAUUGACGAGCCACCUUAUCCAUUUGCUCUUCUGUAUGGUUUUGAAGACUUGACCACCGCAGAAAGAUUCUCACAUGUUUUCUGUUAUACUUAUGGCCUCAACUCGUCGCUUGAUGAGCACUCAGCAAGAAUAAGCGUGGAGAUCCUAGGUGAUGGUUUGCUAAACGUCACGGAGGCACAUCAGUCCGACAUCGUACUUGACACGGCACUGCCUCUAGAAGCCAGGAUCAUGCCUCAUCUUGUGAUUCAUGGUGUUAUUCUCCCUUUGAUCUUCGACCGAGACGAGGGAGACUACUGGCUGAAUGUCGACGCUCCCAGUGGGCCUUUCCAUAAAACGUCCUCAUUUCCUUUCACGUUCAGAAUGUGGUUGGAUGUACCAGAUGCUCAAGAACAAGAUACGUCUCGUCGGAACCAAGUUAGAGAACUGGUUUUAGGACUUUUUGGUCUGGUCAUACAUACUCUGAUACUCCGAGAGAACGAAAAUGCUUGGACGAGAAUUGGCAUUGGGCAAUACAGCUGGAGAGACUCAAAAACAAACAAAGUUGGAUUGAGUGGCGGUAUUAAAGUAGUUAAAGAGACGUAUAUGAAAGCGCUCAAGAGACAUCAAAAGCGCACCAUCCGACUUAUCUCUCCUUACUUCUACAAAAUGAAGCAUUUUACCACUGUUUUUGCCCUCGCUGCUGCAGUAGCAGCUAUCGAUAUCCAAGGACACAUCGAGUCACACUGUGGUGGUGGCAACAGGGUCACGUUCACCAACGUGAACCCCGACCGAUGCUACGCUACCGGUGGUGUAUCAUGGGCUUACUCGUUCCGUGCCAUUCCCACAAACUGGAGACUGAGUACCAGGUCGCACGGAGGAGGUAACUGUGGGCCUAUAAUCCAUGUGUUCGACUCGAACGGCAGGGAUUUGGUCUGCCAUGGUGGGGAAGUCAACAACGUGGAGUACACGGGAGCUGGUUAUAGUUUCAUCAAUAAGAGGAGGUCGGUUGACGUCGCUUCUGAUAGCCAGGACUGUAUCAAGCCAGACCUUUUGGAGAUUGAAGGCGGUUCAACAUACAACCUUCUGGACCUCGAAGACGAGACAUAUAAGGCCAUGCUCGCGUAUGCUUCGAACGGCACAACUGCCUCGGAUAUGCCAAGCGCAUUCGAUGAGUACAUCGUACAGUAA